AUGCUCGAUGCAGAGAAAGGAAACCAAUCAGACAUCACAGAAUUCAUCCUCUUGGGGUUGGGGAAUUUUGCCCAGCUGCAGCCUCUGCUUUUCUUCCUUUUCCUGUUGAUUUAUCUUGUGACAAUAACUGGGAACCUCUUUAUAAUUGUGCUAGUUGUGGCUGACCCAUGUCUUCACACCCCCAUGUACUUUUUCCUGGGGAAUUUGUCCUGCCUGGAGACAUGCUAUACUUCAAGUAUCUUGCCAAAAAUGUUGACCAAUUUAUUAACUGGAAACACAACUAUUACUGUGAGUGAGUGUCUAGCCCAAUAUUAUUUCUUUGGCUCUUUUGCAACUGCAGAAACAUAUCUCCUUGCAGCAAUGUCUUACGACCGCUACCUGGCUAUAUGUAGACCUUUCCUUUAUACUUCCAUUAUGAGCAAGAAACUGUGUGUUCAUCUUAUGGCUGGAGCAUGGCUGAAUGGGUUAAUAGCUAAUGGCAUCACUGUGUUCCUGCUUACUCAGCUAUCCUUUUGUGGCCCCAAUGUCAUUGACCAUUACUUUUGUGACCUGACUCCACUGGAAAGACUAUCCUGUACUGACACAAGCUUGCUUGAACUCGUUGUCUUCCUCCUUUCCUUCAUUGACGCUGUCACUCCAUUUAUUCUGACUUUCACAUCUUACAUAUAUAUCAUCAUUGCCAUCAUAAAAAUCAAAUCCAGCAUUGGAAGGCAAAAGGCUUUCUCAAACUGCUCCUCUCACCUUAUGAUGGUUUGUCUUUUUUAUGGCACCAUUAUCAUUGUCUAUUUAUUGCCAGACACUCUGACUCUGAGACACCUCAAUAAACUCUUCUCCCUCUUUUACACAAUUCUGACUCCCUUGGCCAAUCCUGUCAUCUAUUCUUUAAGAAACAAAGAAGUUCACAAAGCCUUAAGACGGGUUCACAAGAAAUUGAGAAUUUUGGGAAGAACAUAUUUGUUUUGUUUAUGA